AUGUGGGUGUAUAAAAAGAACGGUGUGGAGACGAAAAAGGAAAAAGAAGCGAAAAUGGUCGUUUUUGUCGUGAGUUGAUUUUUCCCUAAAAAUGACAAGCUUUCAAUGAGUAUUGUCGAGUUCUGAGACGAUCUAGGGGUCUGAAAAUUGUUGAGCAUGAUCUUGACAUCUAGCACUCUGUUUUUGUAGUUGACACUUUUUUGAUACCAUCAAUAGCGGAGGUACUGUAGCGAUUCGAAGUUGGAACAGAAACUUGUAGACGUUUUGCUAUUGUCCACUUCCAAGCGCUAUAAUACGGUUGGGAGUGGUUGUAUCGGAAAAUUUCCAACAAGAGAAAUAAAGUUCAAGUCAAGUACGUCAUUUUUGUAGUUGACCACUUUUUGGUACCACCACUCCUCGGAGUACUGUAGCGCUUGGAAGUUGACGAUAGCUAAACGCCUCUAUAGUUCAGCGCUAACUUCCAAGGACUACAGUACCCCGGGGAGUGGUCGUAUCAAAAAAGUGUCAACUACAAAAAUGAUCCACAAGACUUGAUCUUGACGCAAAACAUUUUUGAGAUGCACAGCACGUCGUAGAACUCUACAAUACUCGUUUUUCCGCAGACGGCCACUCCGUGCCGCGUCACGACCGCCAAAGUGCUCGUGUUGGCGCUCACCGUCCUCUUCUGCGCCAUCUACAUUGGCAGUCUUUUCUUCAAAAAUGGCUAUUUCGUGCUGAGCCACACGUUCUCGCUCACCGAAAUUCUCGUCGUCGCCGUCGUUGUGGCGCUGGAAAUUCUGCUCACCGUCAUUGUGUUGCUCGAGUGCAAAUGCCUAAUUUUGGUGGCUUUGAUCAUUCUGGUAGGCCGUUUUCUUCUCAGUGUUUUCCAGUCGAUUUCCAGCAUUUUAAGCCGCCAAAACCGAACACUCAAUGAGCCACGAAAACGUUCGAUUUCAGGGAAUCAUGCUGUUCCUGACGACACUCGAAGCGAACUACGCCUUUCUCGUGUUUGCCAGUCAGUUUUAGCGAUUUUUCGCCCGAUUUCAAAUCAAAUUCGAACGUUUCAGUUGGAUCGUACUCUGUAUACGGUAGUGACGCGAUAUUCUAUUGCAUCGGCGCCGAAAUCGUUUGUCUCAUCAUUGUGGCCGGUCAGUUGUUCGGGAAACGCAAUAUUGUAGGCUUAGAAAACACGUUGUGGCUCUAGAAUGUAUUCUCCUAAAUUCUUGACAUUUAGUACUGUAUUUUUGUAGUUGACCGUUUUGUUGUACGACCACUCGCUGGAGUACGGUAGCGCGUUUUGCUAUUGUCCGUUUCCAAGGGCCACAUUGCGUCGGGUAGUGGUUUUACAAAAAAAUUGCCAACUACAAAAAUGUAGUAAAAGAUGUGUACAAUAUUUUAUCAGUUGAAAAUUUUUUUCUAAACUCACUCCGAAACGUGGUGUAGGCCUUCAAAGUUGGGCCCGGCAAAACUUCCCACGCCUACAGUAUAUAUAAAGUUGUGAGCACGAAAAAUGAUGUCUGAGAUGUGAAGAAUUCACAAAAACACUUUACAAAACGCAAUGACGACGUCUUUGCAGUCUACUACAUCCGCUACUAUUGCAUUCUGACCGUCUACCGCUGGACCCGAGUGCCACGUGUCUCCGCGCGUGCCGGACCGCCGAACAUCAGUGUGCACACUGCUAAUCUGCACUAA